AUGAGCACGGUGAAAAGACGACACGUUAGAUACGACUCUAGCAACAUGCAUCCGUACACGUGUUCUCAUAUGAAUGUUAUGAUUGCCCUAUCUUCACUCCUAAAACCACCGCCUGACUAUAUAAUGAAUCGUGAGCCCAGAAAAAGGAAAUUAAAGAUGAUCAACAUUUUAGCAGUGACUCUACUUCUCCUCACCACUCUAACCACACAUGGAGUACUCUAUCCACCGGCACCUGUUCCAGAUCUUGUUCAACAACCUCACUCCGACGACGUCCUUGAAGUACUGAUCAAACACGGCAGCCAUCGACUCGUUAUCGACGUCGAGUAUCAAACAGAAGCUGACGGCGCCGCCGUUAUCACCACCAAAGUCUCUAAUAUCGAUGGUCAUAAUCUUGAGGAAAAUAAACAUGACCAGCCUCCUCUACUUUCUCACCCAAAAGAGCUUGUUUGCGAUGCUUUUGGUAAAUGCAAGCAUAAGUUUUCAACCCUACUUUUUAAAGCCAAAGAGAAGGUAUCAGAGACCGUUCAUGAUACUAAGGAAACUGUUGAAGAUACAGCCGACAAACUCAGACAAACAAUAACCGAAGGUGUCUCCGAUAAGAUAGAGGAUAUGAAGGAGACAAUUAAACAAACUACCGAACAAGCAAAAGAGACUAUAACUCAUGAUAUCCCUGAAAAGGCUAACCAAACAAAACAAGCAGUAGACAGAGCCAAAGGGUCAGCCGGAAAAGAGUUAGUUCAGAUAUUCCGGCGAGUAAGAGCUAUUGUAUUUGAUGAUGCCAUAGCCUACACAUUCUCCCCUUGGGCGGUUAAAUCAUUAGUGGAGCUAAUCCAUUUGCUUGGCUACGCGACGGCGUACGGUAUGAGUGUGUGGGUGACGUUCGUAUCCAGCCACGUGUUGGCAGGUGCACUUCCAAGGCAACAGUUUGGAAUUGUACAGAGCAAAAUAUAUCCCGUUUACUUUAAAACAUUGAGCUUAUGUAUUGGGCUUUCUUUAAUGGGUCAUUUAUUGGGUCAAUGGAGAAGAUUGAAAUCUAGAUCAGCCGACAUGUUUCAAGCAUAUUCUCUGUUCUCGGCUCUUAUAAUGACGUUGGUUAACUUAUGGUACAUGGAACCUAAGGCCACCAAGGUUAUGUUUGAGAGGAUGAAGGUGGAAAGGGAAUUAGAAGGGAGGGGGAGAGUUCAAGAACCAGCUGGUAAGGUGGUCGGAGUGUUGCCGGCGGUGGUUGAGGGUGAAAAGGAAUUGGAUGGAAGAGAGAGAAAAAAGAUUGAAGCUGGUGAGAGGUUGAAGAGUCUUAAUACAUACUCAUCCUUGUUGAAUGUUUUAACUUUGAUGGCACUAACUUCCCAUCUUGUAUAUUUAGGUCAACGUUUAUCCUUGGUUAUGUAACUUAAUAAUGUAAGUGUAGAUGGUAGUUAAAAUGAUAUGUUUUUUUUUAUGGUUGUUGAUGGAUAAUUAACCUAGCUUCAAAUUAGAGUAUUUGUAAUGUUGUACUAGAGAAUAUUGGAGUAAAAUCCUCAACCACUAUGGAUGAUUGUGAGUAAUUAAUGUUUUUUUA